AUGGAGGAAACGUCGGGGUUGGAUGUGUUAAUAUACUCAGAUGAAGUGAGGAUUGCUACUCCAGAGGAUAUUAGAGAAUGGGAACUUGAAACUGCAAGCCAGUUGUCUCUACCUUUCCCACGACUCUUUGUGGCACUCUAUCCGUAUAACCCAGCUGCAAUGUCUCCAAACUAUGAAACGGCUGCAGAGGAGCUUCCUUUUGUGCCAGGCCAGAUAAUCAAGGUGGUUGGAGAUAAAGACUCUGACGGGUUCUACUACGGUGAAUCUGGUGGUCUCUCUGGCUAUGUACCGAGUAACAUGGUGGCUGAAAUUCCUGUAGAUGACGAGUAUCUAAGGCAUCUUCUAAUGCAGCAGGGAUUCCUCCCCGUGGACCACACAGGCAUGUGUUUGACCCCCGAUCUGAGCGACACGGCCAGUAUCCCAGAGGAUGUGGUCGUCCGUCGAAUGGUGGCCUUAUUUGAGUAUGACCCAUGGGAAAGUUCCCCCAACAUGGACAGUGAAGCUGAGCUUGGCUUUCGAGCAGGAGACAUCAUAUAUGUGUUCGGGGACAUGGAUCAAGAUGGAUUCUACUAUGGGGAUCUUCAUGGACGACGAGGCUUGGUGCCAUCAAACUUCCUGCAGCCACUACCAUGGAAUUAGAACUACUAAGAAGAUCCCCAGAAGGAUACCAAGACCCAAACACAGUGGAGAAAUUAAGUCUUUUCAAAAGAACACUUGACUCGGCAUUCUA